UGGAGCUACUGACUGGAGAGGUUCCUGUAAGGUGUCAGGAUGUGGCGGUCUAUUUCUCCAUGGAGGAGUGGGAGUACGUGGAAGGACACCAGGAUCUGUACAAGGAGGCCAUGAUGGAGGCUCCCCGGCCUCUGACAUCACCAGAUGGAUCCAGGAGGAGAAAUCCACCAGAGAGAUGUCCCCGUCCUCUGUAUUCCCAGGACUGUCCAGAGGAGAAGCUCUCAGAGAACCAUCAGGAUAAAAAUCUGAUUGAUAUUAAGGUUGUGGUUAAAGUUAAACCAGAAGAGGAGACAGAUCAGCAGUAUGGACUCAUAGAAAGAAAACCCCCCGAGAGAUGUCCCCGUCCUCUGUAUUCCCAGGACUGUCCAGAGGAGAAGCUCCCAGAGAACCAUCAGGAUGAAAAUCUGAUUGAUAUGAAGGUUGAGGUUAAAGAUGAAGCAGAAAAGGAGACGGAUUUAUGGGGCGAUCAGCAGUAUGGACUCAUAGAAAGAAAUCCCCCUGAGAGAUGUCCCCGUCCUCUGUAUUCCCAGGACUGUCCAGAGGAGAAGCUCCCAGAGAACCAUCAGGAUGAAAAUCUGAUUGAUAUGAAGGUUGAGGUUAAAGAUGAAGCAGAAGAGGAGACGGAUUUAUGGGGCGAUCAGCAGUAUGGACUCAUAGAAAGAAAUCCCCCUGAGAGAUGUCCCCGUCCUCUGUAUUCCCAGGACUGUCCAGAGGAGAAGCUUCCAGAGAACCAUCAGAUGACAAAUCAGGGGGAAGAUGUGACUGAUAUUAAAGUGGAGGAUGAAGAAGAGCGGAUGAUGGGCGAUCCCCCGUGUAAGAGUGAGGUGGAGGAGGACAUUCCAGUCCAUGUGACCACAGGUAUGGAAUCAUGAAUGGAGGAAGGGAAUUGGGAGGUUUCUUCAGGUGAGGCUCCACCUUAGAGCUCCAGUAACCCCUUGGGCCUCUUUCACACAAGCGAUACGA